AGGGACGUCGACCCGGAUAUAAUAAGCGGUACAACGAGCCUGAGGCGGGUGAGGACUGCAGCCAACCAUGUGUCUCGCAUCCUCGCCGUAUCGAGCAUGGAUCUGUCACCACUGGGCGUGCCGCCAUUUUCCAUCCACACGCUUGAACGCCACACUGCCUUAUCAUCAGCCAUCAAGCCGAUCAACUCAGCGAAGCUAUCUACCAUCUCCGAACCCUACAGUAGCGCAUACUUGCUGGUUGUCCCGUGCCAUCGAAAACAGUCAGCGAAAAAGCCAUUCAAGGGGGGGGGGGGGCGAGAACACCGAAAACACUGUCACGUAGUCUUCCCUUGUAGUCACUGUGUACGCAAACCGAACUAUAUCCCGGGUGACAGCGAAAACUCUUGUCCAUCUCCUUGCCCACGCCCAUGGCCCAUGCCCCUGAGGAUCACGAUUAUUCCAUGUCCCCAGACCAAAGCCAUCACCGCGCGCAUUCAACUCCCUGGCACCGCAUUCCAUCACUACCACAGUAGGGACUGCGUAACGUUAGGGGUACUCGCCCCCGUCCGAUCCCCCGGCCCAAAGCCCCACUCCGGGUUUCACCGUCCGCCUCGUCUCGCAUCACCGUCAUCAUGUCACCAGUCCCUGGUACACACUCUGGCGAGGCGCAUCGGCACGUGGAGCGCUGGCUUGGGUCUUGUGGACCGGGACCGUGUGUUGGGAAGCAAGAGGCUUUUCACCUGGCGACGUGACGGUUGCAAGUGGGGGUCCGAAGCGCUCAGUCAAAGGGUUCGGUGGUUGAAUCACGAGUCCAUCAGAUUGACGAGGCAAGCUCCGUUUCCUGGAACUGGGCGUAUGUAACUUAGUGAGUGACUUGCCUCAGUUGUAACUCGACUGCU